GUGGGGAAGACGUCGCUGAUCAUGGCUCUGGUGGGCGAGGAGUUCCCUGAAGAGGUGCCUCCUCGCGCGGAGGAGAUCACAAUCCCAGCUGAUGUCACGCCCGAGAAGGUCCCCACGCACAUUGUGGACUACUCAGAGUCGGAGCAGACGGAGGAUGAGCUGCAGGAGGAGAUCGCCAAGGCCAACGUGGUCUGCGUGGUGUACGAUGUCACCAAGGAGGCCACGAUCGAGAAGAUUCGCACAAAGUGGAUCCCCAUGGUGAACGGAGGAGUUGAAAAGGGCUCCAGGAUCCCCAUUAUUUUAGUGGGAAACAAGUCUGACCUGCAGGUGGGGAGCUCCAUGGAUGUCAUCCUGCCCAUCAUGAAUCAGUUCUCAGAGAUCGAGACCUGCGUGGAGUGCUCUGCCAAGAACCUCAAGAACAUCUCUGAGCUCUUCUACUACGCCCAGAAAGCUGUGCUGCACCCCACCGCGCCCCUCUACGACCCAGAGGAGAAGCAGCUGAAACCUGCGUGUGCACGAGCGCUGACCCGGAUUUUCAACCUCUCGGACCAGGAUAACAACCAGAUCCUUAGUGACGACGAACUCAACUACUUCCAGAAGUCCUGCUUUGGAAACCCCCUGGCUCCCCAGGCCCUGGAGGACGUGAAGAUGGUUGUGUGGAAGAACACCACAGACGGGGUGCAGGACAACGGCCUGACAUUGAACGGCUUCCUCUUCCUCAACACGCUCUUCAUCCAGAGGGGCCGGCACGAGACCACCUGGACCAUCCUUCGCCGCUUCGGGUACGACGACGAGCUGGAGCUGACGGACGACUAUCUCUACCCACAGUUCCGCCUUCCCCCCGGCUGCUCCACAGAGCUCAACCACUUGGGCUACCAGUUCCUGCAGCGGCUGUUUGAGAAGCACGACAAGGACCAGGACGGAGCCCUCUCUCCCACAGAGCUGCAGAACUUCUUCAGCGUCUUCCCCUGCGUGCCCUGGGGCCCCGAGCUCUACAACACGGUAUGCACCACUGAUAAAGGCCUGCUUUCCCUGCAUGGAUUCCUCUGCCAGUGGACGCUUGUGGCUUACCUGGAUGUGCGGCACUGCCUGGAGUGCCUGGGCUACUUGGGCUACCCCAUCCUCUCGGAGCAGGACUCCCAGACGCAGGCCCUCACAGUGACCCGGGAGAAGAGGAUCGACCUGGAGAAAGGCCAGACCCAGAGAAAUGUCUUCCUCUGCAAGGUGCUGGGAGCCAGGGGCGCAGGCAAGUCUGCCUUCCUGCAGGCCUUCCUCGGCAGGAGCCUCGCGGCCCAGAGGGAGAACCCAAGAGAGCCGUCCCUCUACACGAUCAACACGGUGCAGGUCAACGGCCAGGAAAAGUACCUUAUACUGUAUGAGGUCGGCGCCGACACGAAGUUCGCGAAGCCGUCGGACGCAGCCUGCGAUGUUGCCUGCUUCAUCUAUGACCUGAACGACCCCAGAUCCUUCAGCUACUGUGCCAGUAUUUAUAAGCAACACUACUUGGACAGCCAGAUCCCCUGCGUCUUCGUGGCCUCCAAGACAGACCUGCCAGAAGCGAGUCCGCAGCCCGGGCUCUCCCCCACCGAAUUCUGCUACAAGCACUGCCUCCCACCGCCCUUCCUCUUCUCCUGCCACGGCCAGGGCCCGCCCGGCACCACCGUCUACACCAAGCUGGCCACCGCUGCCACCUUCCCCCACUUGAACGCCGUGGAGCUGGGAGCUGCGUCCUUCUGGCUCCGGGUGGCUCUGGGGGCCACGGUGACUGCUCUGGUAGGGUUCACGCUGUACCGU